UUUGUUUUGUACUUAGGUAGUUGAAUGGAAUCACGUUGGGUAUGCGGAUGUGUAGUUGUCAUGCUGUGUCUUGUUGUGUAGAUAUGUGUGUGUGACAGAGAAAUGAAAGUGUAUGGAUGUUUCAAAUGAUGCCAUCGAACACUAACGAUCAUAACCGUACAAAACUGUAUAUGUGGUGCUUCCAAACUGUUAAAUGGGUUCCUGUACUCUUCAUAGUUACGAUCGUCGUGUGGUCGUAUUAUGCAUACGUAAUUCAGCUGUGUAUAUUCACAGUGGUCAACAAUGUAGAGAAAGUGUUUUACCUACUUCUGUUCCAUCUGUUGUUCGCCAUUUUUUGCUGGGCGUACUGGCAGACAAUAUUUACAAAAAUAGGCAAAGUUCCAAGUCAGUUCAAAAUUCCACCUGAAGAACUCCAGAGACUAGAAGAAGCAGGUAAUGUGGAAGCGGAAAACCAAAUUCUGGAGCAGUUUGCACAGAAUCUACCUGUAACCACACGCACAAUUUCUGGAGAUAUCAGAUACUGUGGAAAAUGUCAGCACAUAAAACCUGACAGAACACAUCACUGUAGUGCAUGUGGUGAAUGUGUUCUAAAAAUGGAUCACCAUUGUCCAUGGGUUAACAACUGUGUGGCAUUUACAAAUUACAAAUUUUUUAUUUUGUUUCUGGGGUAUGCACUUCUGUACUGCCUCUUCAUCGCAUUUACAUCAUUGCCUUACUUCGUAAGCUUUUGGAAGGAUGAAUUGAAGACUGCUGGAAGAUUUCACAUAUUGUUCCUUUUUUUUGUGGCUGUCAUGUUCGCAGUUAGUCUUGCGUCUUUGUUUUCCUACCAUUGCUACCUUGUUCUGAAGAACAGAUCUACACUCGAGGCCUUUAGACCUCCGGUUUUUCGUACGGGUGCUGACAAAGAUGGGUUCAGCUUGGGGACAUAUAACAACUUCCAGGAAGUUUUUGGAGACAACAGGAAACUCUGGUUCUUACCUGUUUUCACAAGUCUGGGCGAUGGUGUGGUUUUUCCAGUCCGGGCUCAGCACCAACCCAGCUCAUACAACUCGAUGGGCAGUACACAGACCAGUUUGGGAGAUGGUGUCACGUUCCCUCAGCGUUGUGUGGAUGAAGAUACACACACACUACUGGGAUCUCAUCAGCAGUGGGCUGAGGAGGCUGAACUAGAUUCCCCUCCUUUUGCCUCUUCCACAGGUACGCAGCUGUAUUAGGAUGCUUUUCUUCAACCUGUGCAAACAGAGAAGAAUUAAAAUUUGAUGUACGAACAUAUGAACAUAUUUUGUGUGGUAUCAAAAACUCAUGCUACUGAUGUAACCAUUGUAAGUAAAUACCCAAAGCAGUGUGUGUGUGUGUGUGUGUGUGUGUGUGUGUGUGUGUGUGUGUUUUCUGUCUGAAACUCGUGUUGAAUCAGAAGUCUGAGACAUUUAAUAAGACUUAUCACUGACGUGCAAUGUUAAUGAAUACACUUGGGAGACAAUCAGUGUCAAGCGUUGCUACAGAGCCAGUAUUUAUACCAUUGAAUAGUGCAGAUUUUAGUGAAUAAGAGGAGGAACUAUUGAACAAAUACUUUGUAUAACAGACCUUCUAAAAAUAUAGUUUUUCAGCAGCACAAAAUAGAGUGGAAAUGUGAAGAAAAACCAGUUAUAAUAUCUAUGAGAGUAUAAUUUGGCUUUUAUUGAAAAAAUUCAAGGUAACGAAUGUAGGUAUGGACCUAUGAUGUAAGCGUACAAAAAUCUGAAAGCUUCUGGAGUAUAUUGUGUUUUAUGCAUUGUGUGCAUCUGCAAAGAUGUGACAAGACUUAAUUUCAUCCCAUGUAGAUAAAAUGUAAGAGUGGUGAAAUCAUUAACUUCUUUAGUCUGUAUUUUGUUGAACUAAUUAUAUUGUAGAUAUUUAGUUUAUACUGCAUUCUCCUUUUUUCUGAAAAAAUUGUUUUUCAGUGAGAGCUGUUUUUGUGGUCACAAAUGUUAAUUACUGGUAUAUCACUGAAGCCUGCAAUCAAAAUUACACCUGUGUUAUAUAUGGGACUCAAUUCUGGCAGUAAUGAGAGAAGUUUGAAUUAUAUAAAAAUUCAUAUUGCUUACAGCAGAAGCUUAAAAACAAGAAAAGAUAACCUCUGCAUUUAAAUUUUAUCACCCCCCCCUUUCCCUUUCUCUCUCUCUCUCUCUCUCUCUCUCUCUCUCUCUCUCUCUCUCUAAAACACAAACACAAAAACACACAAACACACACACACACACACACACACACAAUGUUAUUUUAAGAAAGUUACAAAAGAAAUAUUGCGCCUUCUGUUGUCAUACAACAGAAUUUGGUCCACAGAUGUAGGUUACCAAGUGGGGGAACAGUGUUGUGCCCAACUUAACAUUCCACAAAAGUAACUAGUUGCACAUUCCUCUGCCAAGAGGAAAACAGGUGGUUCACACAUUCUCAGUACUAUUCAAAAUUUCAAAUGAUUGCAAGUGAUUGAAAUAGGCUUCACGUGUAGCUAAUUGUUUCAUACCAGUGUAUAGUAAUGGAAUCAUGAAAGCAAUGUGCAUACAAGGAAACCCUCAACUAUCAGAGUCACUCAACAUAACGGGUCAUGACAGUAUGUCAUUAUUUAUUGCAAAGUCAGUGUUUCAUCUCUGUUGUUGCUCUUCUUGUAAUUCGUGCUUUUUUUCAGUUAUUCAUGUAUAAAUUUAUAUAGCAGAUUAGGUUGUAAGUGAAUUUUUACUUUGAGUUCUAAAAGUAAUCUUCUGGUUGUGGUACUGAUGUCGGAACCGCAUCAUAUGAGAGAGAAAUCUUUCAUGUAUAUGUGUAAUGUGAUAUUAUUACAGAAUUUAAAUAUUACAGUGUUAUUGUUUUAUUAUUAUAAUAACUGUGUUGUUAAGGUAUUUCUCUUGUUCGUUAAAGUUAAAAUAUGUUCAGCUAAUUGCAAUAUUCAUUUAUUGAUUAAUUUCUAUAAUUUGAUCGGGCUGUGAGAAACUCAUUUGGAAUAUGAUUAUUUUAGCAUUUUUAUAAAUUUGUUAUGAUGUUAUUUUGGGUACUUGUUUGGUAAAUUAAUGACAUGA